UGGUAGUCCUGCCCCGUUAACGCAUCCACACUCAAGUGGUCAGGACACGUUCUUGUCACAAGAGCAAGCCUUCAAGCAAAACCACGAGAUCGGCCUAGCUCCCAACGUCACGCAGGCGGCGCAAGCACCCGAGAGCGGCUUCACGCGAGAGUACAUGAUGGACCGGGUGAAAAUGCACCAUCAGAAGUCAAGGUUCCGCGACACAUUCCAGUCACCUUCAGAGCUAGCUCCAUUUCCUCGGGUCCUGACACCACCCAGACUCCUGCCUGCGUCAAAUCAGAGGCCAAGUCUGGCUGGAAAUCUGAGAGAUAGGUUCCCCCCUGUGAGAGCUACUGUGCAGCCAUAUUUCUUCAAUCCCUUCCACGAUUUCUUGAAGGAUCAUGGAGCCAGCGACGAUAUACCGGUGGGAAAUCACAAUCACACGCAUAUUCUUAACAGCCAUGCGGGAUUUGAGCCGCCGGUCCAUUCCGACGCACUGCAAAAGCAGCCAGUGAAUGUUUCUGACAUCUUCCUCGUUGAAGCAGACAGCCUUCCAGCUUCUAAUGAGCGGCCCUUACGGUUCAAUGUCUCAAGGUACCAAGGGUUUCAAGGAACACCUGAAAACACCUCAGGUUUCUCUUUUGGGAAGAAGGAAACCAACGAUCAAGGUGCAGGAAAUCUCGGUAUACACCAUCCACAGCAUAACCCACAACAAAAGUCACCUAACUUGGAUCAGAAAGAAUUCACCGAUUUGGUAAACCAUUCCAAUUGGUCGUCUGGUGAUAAGCAACCUACCUUUGCUGCCGUCAAUAACGAUCAGUCUAGGAGAUUUCGCGCGUCAUACAAAAAACAUGAAGAUGAGGGUACUUCCUUGCUCUCCCAAGAUUCUAGUACGUUUGGAGAACCAGUGAGCCAUGUUAACCACGGGCCUCAGACUACCACUACGGAAAUCCCUGUCAUUGACAGACUAGAACACGAGUCUGUAGUAUCCCUCCAGGCCCCUGUGGAAACACACUCCCUGCAACUCAACAGCUUUGCAAGACAGGUAAGAACAGACGACUCCCGUAACACGAACGACGCUUCAGUGUCCUCAUUCACUGGUUUUCCUGAUUCGCUCCAUGACCUUGAGAGAACAGACAAACAGGUGAAUCAGAAUCAGGAAUCGAAUGGGCAUCAGGGAAGGUUAAACUUACCCGCUUCCAUCGUUCCCGUUCCUCCGCCUUAUUACCCUCCGACCAAACCUCCGUCCGAGAUGACGCCUCCACCCCACAUUGUACCAGCCACGCCCCCUCCCGACAGACUUCCACCUAUGCUACCUUUAGACCUGCCGUUUAACGAGAGACUGCCGGAGUUGUUUGAGGACGGAGCAUCUAAAGCCAAAGAUGUGAAGGAAGGACCUCUCGUGCAAGGUGAACAGAAGGAUGACAGCUUCGUCGACAGCAAUAAUUUCCACGGGCUCAUCAAUUUUGAGUUACGGAAAGACGACAACGCUUACCACCCAGGCAAUUUAGGCAUUAAUCCAUCACCUGGAACCCCAAACGUUCCUCAACAUUUCCAAAGGCAAAAUCAGUAUUUAAAUAAACCUAAUUUAAAUCAACCUUUCCCAAAUCUGCAUCAGAAAGAGCCCUCGGCAGUAGCUGUAGUGCUCCCAGCAAAUAUUCACCCGCCCGGCCAUGAUUUCGCAGCUUUCCAGAAGGAAAUAGCUGGGCUUCCUUAUGCUUCACAUAACCAAAAUUCUCCCCAAACAAGUUUGGAGUCCCACCCUUCAAACAGGUUCCCUGAAAGUGGAAGUUCGUUCGCUAUUUUGCCAACUCCUGUCGCACCUAACCAAUCACAUGCAACUAACAAUGAAGAAACCAUUAGGGAAAAUGCAGAAGAGGAAGAUGACAGAUUCAAUGAGGUGGGUUACCCAGACAUCCCUAAAGAGAACUUCGGAUCACACGACUCCAGAACUCGAAGCCAUGACUCUAACCAGAAUAACAGGAAGAAGCCUCCAGUCCCACAACACCACAGGCCCCAGUUUACCCCACAAAGCAGGCCACAAUUCCCUCCUGGACACAGAAGGCCUCAAUUCAACCAGGGAAACAGAGUAGUGCCACACUUCAGCAGGCAGGAGAAGCAGCCCUUACGUCAGCCCCCAGGGAACCUUUUCCUGCAAGGUCAACAUAACCUUCGUCAGACUCCCCAACUGCGUCCCGUUCCGUUACACGCGGCUUACGUCAAACCACCUCCCAAUCGUCUGACGGCUCCCCCAGGCAACCUGAAGCACCCCAAUUUUAUCAAUUUUGACGUCCCUGCCGCUGGGAACCUUGUGGAUAGUGAUGAUGAUGAGAUCUUGUCAUUUUCGGAGUCUGUCAGUAACCAGCAGUCAGGUCCCAACGCCUUCAGUAAAAGUCCUGCGGACGACGUGGCUGCCAAUAAGAACAAACUAAGUAAACGACCCUCCCCAUUUCCAGAGACCCACACUUCAUUUAAUUUAGCUGAUUUUCCACACAUUACACCAGCAGUACUUCAUGGAGGAGGAGGACCACCCAUUUACUACCCUGCUACGUCCUCAGUAUCUUCCUUCUCUAACCCAUUUGGGGUCCAUUUUCCUACUUCUCAGAAUCCCCAUGUAAGGAACCAUCCUGUCUUCCAGGAGACGAGACGUCCUCAUCUCCCUCCUUCUCCUCCUCCUCCUCCUCCUCCUCCUCCCCCACCACCACCACCACCUCCCUCUCUCCAUCCAAGGAGACCUCCACCUCCCAACCAUCUCCCACCAGCACCAACAUUCAACCGAAUUAGGACCACUCUCCACCCACCGUCAGGGCCUCCUCCAAGAUUCCCUUCCUCCCACGAGAUGGAGAGCGACUUCCGCCCGUUGGGGGCCAUCUCUCAGCCUCUGCCAGACGAUCCAAGGUCGCGGGACAUCCGGCUAUCAGAGAGUCACGCCCGGCUCAUCCAGAACAUGCGGUACGGCAUCGACGGGAGACCGCUCGACGUGUGGAUUCCAAUCGUCGACGAGGAUGAUGACGGAGGUUACGAUACGAAACGCAGCAUCCAGGUAUUUCAGAAAGUAGCUGACGCGAAAAGCAAUACUUCUCGUCUGGAUACUUCUGACUCUGAAGGUGGUUCCUACAACAGCCCAAACGAAGCCAACUCCAAGAGUAAUGCUGGCCAACACCCACAUCAUCUUCUGGAAACUGAUUUUCCACAUAAUCACCAGCAACAAGAAGACAGGUUUGGCAAUGGGGAAACAGUCAGUGAGGUCGUCUUUGGAUCUAAGACGCGAGUAGAUAGCAGUUCACAGGACAACAGAGAAGUGAAGACUUCAUCAGAAUUGGUCCUUCCAAUACUGACCCCUAGAGCAGUAGUACCUCCCAUUUGGGGAUAAAGCAACAAGCUAAGGGUGUUUAACAUGCAUUUCUUGAUAAGUUAAAACCUUAACUGAAAAAUACUCUUAUACCAAAAAUGGCCACAAGCCACACCCUUAAGGAAGACUAUUGCCAAAAAAAUGUGCAGAUGUCUUUUUUUCACAAUGGUGUACCAUUAACCACAAACUGGAAACAUCUGGCAACUGAGUGGCAUCAAGGGGCGUGGCUUGUGUUUUAUGUUAAUACCAAAACAUCAUAUUUAUAAGAGGGUAAGUUAUUUAUGUUGUUUCGUCCAUAAUAAAGAUAUUUGUUCUUGUAGCUAGUAGAGGGGCGGGUCCUCUCAACCAGAUUAGUAAAGAGAUAGGAUUUCCUGUUGCU